CGCGGGCCCCCAGCUCCCGGAACUUUCCGCCGCGACGUCCCGCCCUUCCCCAUGUCCUGUGCGGGUUUCCGGCUUGCGGCGACCCUCCUCAGCCCUUGUGCCGCGCCUCACUUCCGCCGGGGCGUAGCCGAGCGCACAGCCCGCGGCCGAGUGAGUUUAGAUUCUUGGGAUCUCCCUAGCUGGAACACGUCUCCCAGCUGGUGAUAGACGUGAUGCUUUACCGGUUGCUUUCUAUUGUCCAAAGACAAAGAACAAGCCCAGGAUGGCAGAACUGGUCGUCAUCAAGAAGCAGCACGUCAGCCACCGAGGCACAUUCUGUCACCUUGCCUGCCCAGGCCCAGGUGGUCAUCUGCGGGGGUGGAAUCAUGGGCACAUCUGUGGCUUAUCACCUCUCCAAGAUGGGGUGGCAGGAUAUUGUCCUUUUGGAGCAGGGCAGGCUGGCUGCUGGCUCUACCAGGUUUUGUGCUGGCAUCCUGAGCACUGCCAGGCAUUCCAGCAUUGAACAGAAGAUGGCAGACUAUUCAAACAAACUCUAUCUUCAGUUAGAGCAAGAAACAGGGAUCCAAACAGGUUACUUAAGGACAGGUUCAAUUUCUCUGGCCCAAACACAGGAUCGACUGAUCUCCCUGAAGCGCAUCAACUCAAGACUGAAUGUUAUAGGCAUCCCUUCUGAGAUCAUCUCCCCCAAGAAAGUGGCUGAACUUCAUCCUCUCCUCAAUGUGCACGACCUGGUGGGGGCCAUGCAUGUUCCUGAGGAUGCAGUAGUGUCCUCUCCCGACGUGGCUCUUGCCCUAGCAAGUGCUGCCUCCCAGAACGGUGUUCAGAUUUAUGACCGGACAAGUGUUCUUCAUGUAUUGAUCAAAAAAGGUCAAGUUACUGGUGUAGAAACAGAUAAAGGACAGAUUGAAUGCCAGUAUUUUGUCAACUGUGCUGGUCAGUGGGCAUACGAGCUGGGUCUGUCCAACGAGGAGCCGGUUAGUAUCCCGUUACAUGCCUGUGAACACUUCUACCUUCUGACUCGCCCCUGGAACACCCCUCUGCAGAGCAACACACCAACUGUUGUGGAUGCUGACGGAAGAAUUUACAUUAGGAACUGGCAGGGUGGCAUCUUGUCCGGGGGCUUUGAAAAGAACCCAAAACCUAUUUUCACUGAGGGCAAGAACCAGCUGGAAAUUCAGAACUUGAGAGAAGAUUGGGAUCACUUUGAACCCCUGUUGAGUUCCCUCCUGCGUAGAAUGCCAGAAUUGGAGACGCUGGAGAUUAUGAAGUUGGUGAAUUGCCCUGAGACCUUCACACCAGACAUGAAGUGCAUCAUGGGCGAGUCUCCUGUAGUACAGGGCUAUUUUGUCCUGGCAGGGAUGAACUCUGCUGGCUUGUCCUUGGGUGGAGGAGCUGGAAAAUACCUUGCUGAAUGGAUGGUAUAUGGGUAUCCCUCUGAAAAUGUCUGGGAAUUGGACUUGCAACGCUUUGGAGCCCUCCAGAGCAGCCGUACCUUUCUGCGCCACCGGGUCAUGGAAGUUAUGCCUUUAAUGUACGAUCUGAAGGUUCCCCGUUGGGACUUCCAGACCGGUAGACAGUUGCGAACAUCUCCUCUUUAUGACCGGCUAGAUGCACAAGGAGCCAGGUGGAUGGAAAAACAUGGAUUUGAGAGGGCAAAGUUCUUUGUUCCACCCAACAAAGACCUUCUUCCAUUAGAACAGAGCAAGACUUUUUACAAGCCAGACUGGUUUGACAUCGUGGAGUCUGAAGUCAAGUGCUGUAAAGAAGCUGUGUGUGUUAUUGACAUGUCUUCUUUCACAAAAUUUGAAAUAACAUCCACUGGGGAUCAGGCAUUAGAAAGUCUGCAGUACCUUUUUUCCAAUGACCUGGAUGUGCCUGUGGGCCAUAUUGUGCAUACUGGUAUGCUCAAUGAGGAUGGAGGGUAUGAGAAUGACUGCAGCAUUGCACGCCUGAACAGGCGCAGUUUCUUCAUGAUCUCUCCAACUGAUCAGCAGGUCCACUGUUGGGCCUGGCUUAAGAAAUACAUGCCAAAGGACAGCAACCUGUUGCUGGAAGAUGUCACUUGGAAAUAUACAGGGAGAGGAGCCACACUAACCAAGCUGUUAACACCAGCACAGUCAGCAGUUGCAUUUACUAAGCCUGUUGUCAGAGCCCUCAAUCUGAUUGGCCCUCGAGCUGUAGAUCUGCUCUCUGAGUUAUCCUAUGCCCCUAUGACUCCAGACCACUUCCCAACUCUGUUUUGCAAGGAGAUGAGUGUGGGCUAUGCAAAUGGGAUCCGGGUGAUGAGUAUGACUCACACAGGAGAGCCAGGAUUCAUGCUUUACAUCCCCAUAGAGUAUGCCCUGCAUAUCUACAAUGAAAUGAUGAGUGUUGGGCAGAAAUAUGGAAUCCGGAAUGCUGGGUAUUAUGCUCUUCGAAGUCUCCGAAUUGAGAAAUUUUUUUCCUUCUGGGGUCAGGAUUUAAACGCCCUCACAACCCCCUUGGAAUGUGGAGGAGAAUCUCGGGUGAAAUUAGAGAAGGGCAUAGAUUUCAUUGGUCGGGACGCGCUGCUCCAGCAGAAGCAGAAUGGGGUGUAUAAACGCCUUGCUAUGUUCAUCCUGGAUGACCAUGACACAGACGUGGACUUCUGGCCCUGGUGGGGAGAGCCCAUUUAUCGAAAUGGGCAGUAUGCUGGCAAGACCACCAGUAGUGCCUAUAGCUACACCCUUGAGCGCCAUGUGUGUCUGGGUUACGUACACAAUUUUUCUGAGGACAGUGGAGAAGAGCAGGUGGUGACUACAGAUUUCAUCAAUCGGGGAGAAUAUGAAAUUGACAUCGCAGGACAGCGGUUCCAGGCCAAGGCCAAGCUUUACCCGAUCACUUCCUAUUUCACCCAUAAGCGCAGAAAGGAUGAUGUAGAGCUGAGUGACUUUCAUGGGAAGUAAUGCCAAGACAUCCUCCCAUUAUCUUACUUUGAGCAGCAGCAGCUUAGAACUGCUUUUUUUCCUGUCCCUGUGCCUCUUUAUUGAAGAGUACCUUUGCUCCUCUCGUCUCCAGAUAUAAUUUUUGAACUUGAGUUACUUUUAAACCUUUGCCUUCUAAGACUCUCUUGUCCUUCCAUCUUCCUUCAUUUUCUUCACCUAAUAGUCCAUCCUCUUCUUCCACCAGGCUCAAAUUCCCAGUGGCCAGCAAGCUUCACUUCUGGAAUUGUGUUAAGGUGACAGAGUGAUUUUUAAAUUCAUCUUAAGGCAAGUUGGUGUUACACAGACCUCAGGGCAAAAGUCUAUUUCCUUUGAGCUGGACUCCUGUGAGUAACCUAAUUUUGGUAGGGUCACUGUGCAUCUAACUUAGCUCUUGGAAUAGCUUGUGUCUUAGCCAGGCAGAUGAUUCUGUUCCACUGUGUUGAGAGUUGCCACCUGAUACCUCUAAUCAUCUACCUCACCGGUAAGAGGGAUUGCAUGGAUGUUAUCUGUGGUAUGGAAGAGACAAGUAAUAGUUAAUCUGUCACCAUCCUCACCCUCUAAACUUGUUCUCAGCUGUUUGAGCCAGGGAAGCCUGCCUUCAGUUUCUUCAUCCUCUGCUGAUCCGUGUCAUGAGGCUGGCCUGAUCUCUAGCUGACUAACAAGUCCUCUAGUAUUUGAAGGGAAAAACCAUGUUAACAGCCUUUGUGUUGCUUUUCCCCAGCAGCCACUGUCUGACCUCAGAAGUGCUGCUUUUCUUUUAGCUAUUCUUAGGUCGCUACCCCGGCUUCAUUUUCCUCUUCAGGUGACUCCUAGCCUCACUUGUGCAGUCUGCCACCACCCCAGCAUUCAUUGCCAUCCCUUUAGAACAGGGAGACAGUGGGUGGGCUGUCUCAGGUGAGUAAACAAAUCUUGUUCAUGAGUUCCAGAGAGCUACCAAAGCCCCAGACUACAUCCCUGGCAUGGAAUAAAGCCACACAGGGAGGACUGCUGAGUCCAGUGCAUAUGAUUUAAGGGUAGAGACUACUUUUCUCAGCCCCCCCAUCCAGAUCCCUAGGAAUGGAAAGGGAUUUGUACACUUUGGGGGUUCCCCAUUCUAAACAGUACUGCUAUAUUCCUUUGGCGAGACAGUUUAACAUUGUAGCCUAGGCUGGCCUCAAAUUUGCAGUGAUCCUCCUUCCUCAGUCUGAGUGCUGGGUUUACAGGUGUGGUUGACACUUUCUUUUUGGACACAGGGUCUCCCUGUAGCCUCAGCUGGCCUCGAACUCAGGAGAGCCGCCUGCCUCUGCCUCCUGAGUUUAAAGGUGUAUCUGUUUUCUAAAGGUAAAACUGCAUCUAACACUUAAUUUUCUCUUGUACAAACUACCCUAGUCUGGGUUUUUCAAAAUCUAAACCACUUUGAGAAGCUUUGAUUCAGUUGUAGUUGUUGGUGUCUUGGAAGCAUUAGUUCUGCUGUUUUACUUAAAGAAUCUUUAAGAACAGCUUUAAAAUGAUCAGGUUCUUUCUGGCAUUUCUGUAGAACCUAUUACCAUUCAGACUAGCUUUUUCAAGACAGGUAUUACCCCCAGUAGGCCACUCCUACUUGGUUAUGGAAGCGAAGAUUUUGAUUGAUUUGUUAAAGCAUGUAGUUAAGAGGGUUUGCUAUUUUGGAGCAAGUGUAUAUUUAGUGAGCUGAGAGACACUGUUUCCAGGCCAAAGGGAGAAAGGAGAAAUGUUUCACUAGAGAGCAGAGCAAGAAAACAGUGAAGGACUGAGGAGAACAAGGGCCAACUACAGGGAAUCCCAGCAGGCAGCUGGGCACAACUCCAGGUGUUUGUGCUCUCUACCUGUGGUUGUACUGCUCCACAGCAGUUUGAGUAAAUGAAAAUUUGGGAUUGAAUAUUGAUUGUGCAUAGUUACAUGGUGACCUAACUGAGUAAAUUUACUGUCACAUUAGAAAUUGGGAAAAAACAGCAACAACAAAAAAAGGCCAACUUGGAGGCAGGCAGAUCUCUGAGUUCAAGGCCAGCCUGGUCUACACAGCAAGUUCCAAGCCAGCUGUGGCUAUAGGGAGACCAUGUCUCCAAAAGACUAAAAUAAAAUUGGUAUAUACAACCAUCAGUGUUACUCUAAUACAUUGAGUACAUUCAGCAUAAUUUUGAUUCUCUUAUGUGUUAAUCUUGUUGUUUUAUCAUCUGUCCUUUUUAAGUAGGGGGAAAACUGCUGAAUCUAAAAUCACAACAUUGGCUUUCCAUUAAGUCUUAAGAGGCCUGCUGAUGUUGGUGUCUUCCUUUUGAGCCUACAGAUAGUGCUUGUCUUGAAAAGUGUGGAGCAGACAUUCAGGACUGCUCUGCAUGGCUCCCUUUAAGAUCAUGUUUCUUCAACUGUGAUUAGAUAUUGAUCUUCUGGGCUCCCACUUGUUUAUCGUGUGCCCUGAAAGAAACUUAAUCCUUGGUACUUUAUGUCCUUCAAGUCUCCCUUGGUUCAUUCAAGCUGGCAGUGUAAAUCUCAUUUUUCUCCACUAUCUCUGAUUAUGAUUUAAGUGCUUUGAACAGACUAUUCUGGCUCUAACCUAAAAGCUUUGCCUGUGCUUGGUGUCAUAAGCAUCUUAGAUGGUCAAGAGGGCAGUGCAAACAUCUGACCCACCUGUAUUAGAGCAUUUUGGGUUCCUCAUGAGUUCUAUCAGGUUGCUGAUAGAAAUAGGUCCAGAGACAUGGCUGAAAAUCAAGCAUAUAUCUAUCUGCAUGGGAGCUUGCCUUUUGUGACAACAUAUCCUGGGUGAACAGGGUUAGCUCUAACUGAUUGUAUGUUUCAGCUUUAGGGGGCUGGGUAUUUUUUGCUUUCUGUUGUCACAUCUACUCUUCACAGGUAAGGUACUCCAUGCUCUCUUUGAUCUUGGUAGCAAUUCAAUCUCUCUGAAUGAGGAACAGAAAGUAUAUUGGCCUCUAAUAGAUUAAGACCUAUGGUUGGAAGUAUUUAGCUACUUUUUUUUUUUUUUGGACACAGGGUCUCCCUGUAGCCCCUGCUGGCCUGGAACUGGCCUUGAACUCAGAUAUCUACCUGCCUCUGCUUCCUGAGUACUGGAAUUAAAGGUAUGUCACCACCAUGCCUGGCUGGAAGUUUUUUGUAAGCCUUCUCCUUGAAGUCAUUCCCCUUAGCUCCUGCCACUGUUUUUUUGUUUUGUUUUGUUUUUUUUUUUAGCAGUACUGUCAUUUGAAAUACACUUAAGCUUGCUUUAGAGAGAGUUCCCUCCAUGACAGGCAUCAAGGGUCAACAGUAUCAGUUAGAAAUACGCUAGCUCCGCACGGUUCUUUCUGUACACCAAGUGCUGUAUCUGCUUGUUCUCCUAGGCUGCCAUGUCUAAGAAAGCAACUAAACAUGAAAAAAAAGCCUAUAGCUCUUAGUACUACACCCUGCUUUUAGGUGGCAGCGGCAGGAUGAAUGCGAAAGCAUGCUUCUCAAAAUAUGCUUUGUUUUGCUGAAGAGAAGACUCACAACCCCAGUUUCUGUUUCUCCUCUAGCUUACGGACAUACUUGCUGGCAUCUUGGGGAGAAUUUUCUCUUUACAGCCUUGGUACUAGCCCUGGAAGACUGUUCUGGUAGAGCAGUCACAGCACUUUGUAGGGGUGGGCUACAAAUUUAUCCUCACUUGGCCAAGGUUGUCAGUAGAGGCACUUCACACUCUAAGACACAGCUCUGGUCAACAGUGAAGAAUAACCUUCUGCCCUUUGAUUUACUGCACUGGCUGCCCUCAAAUGUUUAUACACACACACACACACAGACACACACACACACACAGGCACACUUUUCUUAAAAAGACUAUUCCUCUUGUACUAUCUGCAGGGAUAGGUUCAGAAACAGGAGAAUAGAAAUGUGAUGUCUGAACUCUUAACUACGUCCUGUGUGCCCGUCAGAAGUGGUGAGUGAACUGUGCGUUGCAAGGUGCUGAGCUGGAAGCCCCGUUUUCAUGGCUGUAUGGGGCUUUCUCUUGCAGUCCCUCACCAUUACCAACAAACAUACUGUCUUUCAUGAAGACUGAAUAUUUUGUACACCCUUGCCUUCUCUUGGUCUGUUAAACAUUAACAAUUUUCCCUGUAUAAGAUUAAGUUUCUCUGAGGCAUUUCUUCAUGGGCCUUUUUUUCUCAUAUUUUGAUGCACCUCUUUUUAGUCUUUGCAAACAUCUUCUGUCUCUUUGUUUUCCUGUCUGUGAUGGACAGGUUACAAGAGGAAAAUAUUUUUUAACAUGUUUCAAAAGAUCUAUGCCAGGAUUUCCUUUGCACACCAAGAACUGAUGCUAGGAGCAUGUCUUUCUCUUAGCCCAGUUCUAGUGCCUUACACUUCAGAAUGUCCAGUGGCAGAUGGAGGUAGGAAGAUAUUGGAAUGCCAGUCUGAGUUCUCAUCACCCCACAUCACCUCUUCUUCCUCAGAAUAAUCUGGGUGUGGGGUAGAAAGUUCUACAGCCCAUUUCAUGGAAGGCUUUUCUAGUUGACACUUAACUCUGUAGUCAAUGCUUAGGAUGUAUAAAAUGCAUUGUAAUUAAUAUAAAUUUGUAUAAAUUUUGCAUUUACUGUGCAAUUCUGUUCAGCCCCCUUCUGGUCUUGUGCUGUCAGCAUGUGGUCCUGAGGACAUUCUAGACACUAGAAUAAAUGAGAAGUUUUUCUCAAGAGAGAACUCUUCUGACUUUGGACACAGGGUGACUGUGCAUUUAUGGCCAGAAUUAUUUCUAGCUAGCUGGGUUUCAACUGAGAUUUUCAUAUACUAAGCACAUAAAUGAAUAAAAAGGUGUUUUCAUAAUUCUU